AUGCCACCAAAAUGGGACUCUAUAGCUUCCCUCGCGAAGCGCAUUGUCAUUCCGAUCACCGCCUCGACGACUCCCGCUGAGAUCGCCGAGCAUCAACGAGACCCAUGGUCUCAGGCGGGCAAAUAUGGCCGGGGCUUUACCUAUUUCGCCGUUGUGCUCCUCGCCGUCGUCACCAUCGUUCGCUUCUAUCAUACCUGGGGAGACAAGAUCAGGAUCGCCUUAUAUAAAGAGAACCCCACGGUAUCAUCGCCGUACGCAAGCUCACCAGACGAAUAUGAACUCCCCAGCGCGGCCACCGACAGCUCCACCACCCAGUUUUUUCCAGCACCGGGCACCCUGACGGGGGACAGAAAACAGCAGUCCUCGGUCUCGACAAUCGCCCCCUUCAAUAAUACCAUUGCCUUUGUGCGGUGGUUGUUCUACCGGCCUCUUCCAGUUUUGCGAAUUGGUCCAGUAAGCAUCGUGCUGCCCUCUUUGGGUGCGUCCGCCGUGAUCCUGGCCGCCCUGCUCUUCGUUAUUCUCUAUUCCUUCGUCCCGCAACCUCUCUACUACUCGUCCAUUGCUAUCGGAUCUCCGCCCUUGGCCAUUCGGGCCGGCAUGAUCGCCGUCGCAAUGAUCCCGUGGAUUGUGGCGCUGAGUACACGCGCGAACUUCAUCACAAUGCUGACGGGUAUCGGCCACGAGAGGCUCAAUGUGCUCCAUCGAUGGGCCGGGUAUCUCUGUCUCAUCCUCAGCCUGAUCCACAUGGUUCCGUUCUAUGUCACGCCCGUUUGGGAACAUGGCGUCCUCAUUUACUACCAGCAAUACUUUCCCCGGAACAUCUACAUCUAUGGCACAGGAUUCGCAGCCCUGGCGCCGCUGAUCUUCCUCUGUCUCCAUUCGUUGCCCAUUCUCCGGUCUCGCAUGUACGAGCUCUUCCUGGCCGUGCAUCAGCCCGUCGCGAUCGUCUUCCUCGCCAUGAUCUUCUGGCACAGCAAGAACUUCCUAUCAUCCUGGAGUUACCUCUGGGCCACCCUCGCCAUCUGGCUACUGUCAUUUGCCAUUCGCCUCUCCUACCUCAACUGGACCAACCCAUUCCGGCUAUCCUUCAUGAUCGGAGAAGAGUCGGCGAUCACCUUCCUCCCGCAGAACGCCAUCAAAGUCACCGUCGCAACACGCAUGCGCUGGAAACCCGGCCAAUACGUGUACCUGCGCAUGCCCGGGAUCUCCUGGUACCAACGGCACCCGUUCACCAUCGCCUCCCUAUGCAGCGAUGACUUCCCAUCUGAGUACGGCGAAAAAUACCGCGAUCUCGCCCUCGUCUUCCGCCCGUUCGGCGGCUUCACACGGAAAGUCUUCCUCAAAGCUCUCGAACACGGCCCCUACAAAACCUGGACGGCCUUCCUGGAAGGCCCCUACGGCGGCAUGCGCCGCGAGAUGGCCGCCUUCGACGACGUGGUCUUCUUCGCUGGCGGCAGCGGCAUCACCGCCAUCGCCAGCCAGCUCCUGUACCUGAUCAAAAAGAUGCGCGACGGCGCCGCGGUCACCAAGUCGGUGCGCGUGAUCUGGGCCUUCCGGAACCCGGAAUCCAUCGAGUGGUUCAAAGAGGAGCUGCGCAUCUGCCGCGACUACGCCCCGCCCAACACCGUGCACUGCCAUUUCUUCCUCACCGGCCUCGGCCAGGACGACCCGACCCACCCCGGCCAAGCACAGUUCUCCCGCGACAUCGUGCAGGAGAAGAUCUACGACACGCUGCAGGGUAUCGACAAGCGCAACUCGGCGUUCAUCCGCGAGGAGGCUGCUGGCGACGCCGAGAGGGAGAAGGAGCUGCGCCGCGAGAAUGAAGACGCCAUCACCGCGCUACCGCAGGCGUACGUCGCGCCGCACUUCAACACCACCCGCCACUACACCGGGAGCUCGACGGACAGCGUCUCGACGUGCCGUUCGACUUUGGGUUCUCGCAGUCGUCGCUGCACCAGUCUCCGGUGCAGCAGCCGCCCGCGACAAUGA